AUGGCGCACGGUCGUGUCUAUAAGGCUUUAUUAGCUCUGAGUAUACUCAUUGAACUGCUGUUCUGCUCAGCUCUGUUGGGCGUCGUGUAUUACCAAUAUUUUGUUCAAGAUACUGGCGUCAAUUAUCUCCCAUACACGAUAGUUAUUGGUGUCUUUGUGCUACUCUUUCUUAUCUUUGUUAUACACACUGCAAUUUACAUAUUCUUCAAGAAAACAGAGAGACUUAUCACUAUUAAUAUAGUCCUUUGUGUCUGCCGACUAUUGGUCGUGUUCAUUGGCGCCAUCACCCUCUUUUCCGAAGAUAACUUCAGCAUAGACGACAAACGCUUUCCAGAAGAUCCUCUCAGUUGGCUCUAUCACCGAAAGAUGGUAGUCAUUGGAGGAGUCGUCGCCUUGUUUCCAAUUUACAUUCUUCAACUGUUUGUGCUAAACAGGUGCUUCUCAGCAGAGAGAAAACAAAGUCUUCAAUAA